GCAGAAUAGUACUUAAAGAAAGUGACAGAAGGUGUUUCCUUCCAAACCAACUAAUGAUAUUCUUUGGUUUCGUCCUAGCAAAAAACAACAAAUCGUAGUGUCACAGUCUUCUCUUGAAAUGCUACGUUUGUCUACUCAAUGUUUCUGCUUUUUGAGACUCCCACUUGAGGUUCAGCUUGAAGUUAUGACGUACUUGGGAAGUGUUCAUGACUUUAUUAAUCUAGCAAAAGCUGUGAAACCAGAAAAAAUUGAUUAUUCCAGGAAAGUUCACCUCAUAACAGAUGACCAGGAGCUUUACACCUAUGCUAGGCAUUUCUUGCCUGUUUAUAGUAGAAGGAUGUUGGCACAAACACUGAUUUGCCCUAAUCCUUACAUUCAUAUUAUUCACUUUGCAGACUUCCAAUGGUGGGACUAUAAAUCAUUGGUGUCGAUGACGAAAACUUCUUACAAUAUCUUCUGCUUCCCUCAAUCACUUACCCUCGAGUCACCAAUGAUUAGGGUUCCUUUGGAGCAGCGCCUUCUAUCGAUUGAAGACCCGAUUGACUUACAGAUCCUAGAUCAUAAUAAAAGGAACGUUAAAUUUGCAAAGUUUACGAACGUUUUCUUUCCUUAUGAGUCACCACAGUCCAUGAUUGUUGAUAUGAUUUCUAGGCUUUCACAAGUGCACAUUAAAGCCAGCUCUAACCAAAAGCUUAAAUUUAACAACAUUGAUGUUGGCUCAACUGACUUCCACAUAAGCUGCGAGGCAGAUGUGAAGUUAGAGGUAUCUUUUAAAGACUGUCAUGCAUCUUCCAAUUUUAAUAUUUCUGGUGACUGGUUUUAUACCACAUUCGAGAGUUCAUACUCAAACAUCAUGCUUUUUCUCCAAGAUAACACAAGAAAUGAUGCAGUUAUCCAAGGAGUCUCUUUGAAUUGCGAUAAACUUCUCAUUAAGAAUUUUCAUAAAGUUUUGAAUUGUACAUUUCACGUUGAGAAUGAGGCAAGCAUUGGAUUUUCAUCUGCGAAUAACGACGUGCUCCAUAAUAGUAUGGGAAGACCACAAAUGACUGCAACAAGUUUCACACAUGGGAAAACGUCUCUCAAGUUGUAUUUCUCUGGUUCUCAGUUCCCCAGGGUAACACAGUGUGAUUUUUCACAAUUGGAAGUGUUAAAGAUCACAAAAAGUGUUACCUCAGAUGAUAUGUCACCAGAGAGGUUUGCAUUUAAGUACUAUUCUAGGGUUGAUACCACUACAGAUUAUGAGUUCCUCAACAGUGUCAGAAGACUAAGCUUGGUUGAUUUUGUUGAACCCUUGAGAGAAGAGUUCCAUCCUGAUUUUACCUGCUUAAGUCACCUUGAAGUUGACCUUUCUCAUGCACCUUUGGCAACAUCCAAACUUCUCAUGAGUUAUCAGAAUUUGUCAAAGGUUAGGUUCAUGACAGACCAUAUAGAUUAUAUACCUGAAGUGAUCAGUGCAGAAGGUGUCACAAGCUUAACAAUUGACCAAUGUGGUGUUUGCUUGGAUGUUCCAGAGAUGGAAACUGAAACGAAACACUUGCGGAGUUUGAUCACAAUGUUUAGAGAUACAACAAGCCUAUUUCUUGAUCUUCUGUUUGAUCCAUUAUCAUCAAACGGGUGCGUUGUUCACAAGUUUAUAAUCUUUGAACAAUUGCAACAUCUCUUCAUAAAAGGUGUCGAUAUUUCAUUUCUUACAGAUGUGGCGGAUCCAAUUGCGUUCCCAAAUCUCAAGACCUUAAAAAUCCAUGACACUGUGGAGUUUGGUGAAGUUAAGCAGUUUAACCUCUCUCUAUAUGCUCCAAAUUUGAAGGAAGUUGAACUUUUACUACCCACAUGGAAUGUUGGACAGAUUGGUCAACUGGAAUUCCCGUCAUUGACGUCACUCAAGGUGAAAUGUCACAACAUUGCAAAGUUAAGCCAUAGAGAACUACGAUCUUGUUGUUCAUAUAUCGAUGGAGAGCAUUGUUAAAUCUAUGAAAAAU